AUGGAUUUGCCUGAGCAAAGCGUGGAUCCUGCCUUAUACAAAGCUGCAGUACAAAGCAAGAUUGAUCCAUAUAAAUUUUAUCAAACUUCUCUUAAUCAGCUAUUGACUCCAAACAAAAACAUAAUUCUUCACGUCUAUUUGGAAAACCAACGUACAGAACCGGAAUCCACAGAUUUUGUGGAUCGAAUUCUUGAAAUGUGUCCACCUCUUCUAUUGCAACGCAACAUGAAAGGUGAAAUCCCAUUACAUUUUGCGGCAAGUUAUGACCUUCCCAAGGUAGCGGGAGUCCUCAUUGAUCGUGCAAAAGCUCUACCUUUUGAUCUAGAAAUCGGGCUUACAAAAGCAAAGAAGAUGUUGAGGAUGACUAAUGAAGAGAAAGAUACAGCGUUGCAUGUGGCAGCUCAAAAUUUCCAUAGCAGUGUUGUGAUUAUAUUGACUGAAGCGGACCUGAAUUUUUAUAUUCCGCCAAUACUUAUGGAGAAACUCCACUUUGUCUCAGAAGAGGUGAUCGAUAUCAUCUUAAAGAAGUGCAAGUUAAUGGACUAUAGUGGCCCCAACGGUAGAACAGCACUACAUGCCGCAGUCAUGCAUAAUUAUCAGGCAGCAGUGGCAACAGACUGUGCUGGUGGUAGAGCUUCUACAUCUGGAACCGUGAAAAGAUCUUCAUCACUCUCUUCAUCUGCACCAAAAUUAUUAUUCAAUUAG